AUGAGUCGUGAUCUUGAUUCAGCAUUAACAAAACGAGAACGUGAAGCUGUUGAUGCAUGGCUCGCUUCGAAUAAAUCAUUUCACACAAUGCGUGAUCAUCCUAUGCAUGGCGUACCUAUGCUUGGUGGUAUGUGGGGUUUUCGACCAUCAUUAAAUCGAAAUUUAUCUCGUAUAAUACACGAUAAAAUUCACAAUGAAAAAUUAAUUAAACGUUAUGGUGGUCGUGGUGAUCAAGGAUUUCUUUCUUCUCAUAUUUGGCCCGUUGCAAAAGCAAGUGCUCUUGCACAUGAUAGUUUUUUGUGUGUACAUGGAUUUGGACAUCGUGCAGAUCCAUUUCCAACACAACGACCGUCAGCUAAUGAAACGAAUUGUUUUAUAGGUUGUGUACGGCCAUGUUGUGGUUAUGGAAGAAUGCCAUUUGGACAAUGUCCAAAACGAUGUCGACCAAAGGAUCAUCCGGAAUGGAUUUAUUGUUAG